AAUAUAAGUGAAUUAAAUUUUGAAAAAUUUAGAUAGUUUCUAUAAUUUUUUAUUGCAUACACAUAUUCAGAUAAUAUUUUAUUGAAUACCUAGAUAUGCAUAAUACUAUCCUUAAAAUAAAUACAAUUCAUACAAGUGAAUAAAACAUGUUCACCAUUCAAAAUAUCAUCAAAUACAUAAGGACUGUAAUGAAUAAAACAGUUUAUGUGGCGAAUAAAACAGUGGUGUAAGUUCUCUUAUCUAUGGAUGAUUUGAACAUCCUUUAGAUUAUGUUCAUGGUCUUAGAUUGUGCUGUUAAUAUUGGUAUUUGUUAAUAAAACUGAAUGAUAACAGUGUCAAAAAAGAAAAAAAUCAAACAUUCUGAACUUUUCAUAAAAGUUUAUCCAUAUGUCUUUAGAAUUUAUCUGAUUUUAUUUUGAAAGAAAUCAACUGUGAAAAAAAAUUAUCUUUUUAAAGUAAGAUGUAUUUAAAAUUAUUUUACUUUUAUUUUACAAACAAUUAGUUAGGUAUAUCUAAUAUUAUUCAAUAUAAUUUAUAUAUUUUUUUUAAAUGUAACAAUUUACUUAUUUCUUUUAAUUUUAAUGACCUAUUUUUCAAAGAUUUUUCUAUUACAUGAAAAUGUAUAGUUGUGUUAUUUAAGAAAAAUUAAAAAAAUUAUGUAAUUAAUUAAUUUCUUCAUCUUAUUAAGCAGUAACAAAGACUCCAAAAGAAAUAAUUUAACAAAAUAACUAUUUUUUUUUUUUUCAUAAUGGUGUUAACCCAAAUACAGUAGUUAAUAGAUAUAAAAAUAUUAAAAAGAAUAUUUGAUAUUUAAUGUAAAUUAAAUCUUAACGACCUUUUAAAAUAUUUAAUUUCUAUAAAAUAUUGAAAAAUGUGUUGUACUUAUAAUAUCUUAUUUAUUAUAAUAAUAUUUAAUAUUCUUCAAUCAAUACAUUUAGUUUAAUUUAUAUUAAAUUUGAAUUGUUGAAAACUUUCAAAUGAAAUAGCAAUUUUAAAUAAUAAAUUUAUUUUUAUGACUGUUACCUAUAGGAAUACCAUAUACAAAUAUGACUACUAGAAGCCUUACAGAUAUAUUUUUAUUGAUGAGAACAAAUUCUAUUCAAAGUAGAGGAAUAUAUUCAUUUCAAGGUUCUCUGCACAAUGAUUAUGACUCAGAUAGCGAUGAAGGUGUUAAUGACAAAGCAGCAUUAAUGGAGGCUGGUCGUUCUAUGGUGCUUAAGAAAAAUUUCAUAGAAUUACGUUCUCAAGAAAAAUCACCUCCUACAUGGGCUGGAUUACUUGAAGAUGCUCAAUAUUCUAUUACCAGGUUUAAUAAUUGUUUUAUAUUUUAAACAUAUAUAUUGCAUCCACUUUAUGAAAUCAAUUUUUUCAUGGAGAUAGAUAAAAAAUACCGUAUUAUAGUAAAAAUGGUUUUAUUACUUGGAAUGGACAUUUAGUUAUUUACAAAAAAAAAUAAAAUGAAAUAUCAGUCUUUAUUUAUUAUUACUUAUAAUUAUAUCUAUAUACCUUUUAUAACAAUUAACUUUUUUUGUUAUUAGCUCAACAUAGGUAAUAAAUAAUAUAAAUAAUUUAUUACAUAUAACUACUCAUACAUGUUUAUUUAAACAGAGAGGUAAGUUAUCAUUUUGUUUAACACAUCCUGUGUUUGAUUCUUGAUCCAUAUUUGUAAUCUCCUUUUUUUAUAAUUAAUAUUUAUUCACUUAGAGGUAAAAUAAAGUAUAGAUCUGCAAACAAAUUUUCAACUUUUAUAUAGUUAUAGUAACAUAUUAUUUCUUAACCUUAAUAUACUUAUAAAAUUGUUGUUAGUUGUUAUGUUUUUGUAAUGCAUCCAAUUUAUGUAGGUACAUUAAAAUGUUUACCUACCUAAUUUUAUUUGAAUAUCUUUAAAUUCUAGUAAAUAAACUAAUUAUUAUAAUACUAAAAUGUAGCAAUUGCAUAGUGGGAAUAAAAUGUCUUCCAGGUGUCAGUCAUUUCAUAAAAAUAGCAAAAAAGUUAUCCAUAUUGUGUAUUUAAUAACCACUUUCAUAAUAUAGGCAAAUUGAAUAAAGUGGAUAGGAUAAUAUAUAUUCAAUCAAUUGGAUGUGUCAUAUAUUAUAUUAUUGUUUAAUGUUUAUUUUAAAAUUCUAAUAUUAGGUUACAGAACAAAUUAAAAGAAUUGCAAUCAUUACAAGAUGUUCAGGUGUUGAGGCCUACUCUAGAUGAUUCUAGUUUACAAGAAAAACACAUUCAAGAUCUCACAUUAGAUAUUACAAGAGUAAAUAAAAUAUUGUUGAUAUUUACCUACUUUUAAUGAUUUUCUAUUUUAAAUUGUUAAUAAUUUGUACUAGUGAUAUUGCGAACUCAAAAUGUCUAAAGAAAAAUAUUUUGGUAGACCAUCCACCUCACUUUACUCGACAGCUAUAUAUUAUAUCAUUUUUAUGUCAAUUUUAAAUUAGACACCCACCCCGAAUCUUCUAAAAAUCAUUUGGCAAAUCUAAGGCAAUUGCUUCUUAUAUAUUUGUUCGCUCUGCCGCUGAUUUUUAAAAUGCACUGUUUGUGAUUUUCUCGUGUUACAGAUAUUUGCGUCGACAAAAAAAAUAAUUCAACAAAUUCGAUUACAUUCAAGUGGAUUAUCUGGAAACAAAGAAUCCCAACUUUCUUAUAAUGUAUCAUCAGCUUUGGUGUCAUCAUUACAAAAUUUAUUUAAUGAAUUUCGAAAUUCUCAACAAAAUUAUCUCAACAGUAAUAAUAAAUUCAUUGUGUGAUUUACAUGUUGUUAUUAUAUUUCUUUACUUUUAGAAAUCAAACAUAGAGAAGCAAUGUCAUCACAAAUGUUUUUUGAAACUGAAGACAACACAUCAAAUUCUGAUUUACUAGAUAUGUUAGGUAAUGGUUCAUCAAAUUCUUUUGGGCAACAAUUACAGAUGCAACAGUCAAAUCAAACACAAACAUUUGCUGCAAUACUUAUUGAAGAAGAAAAUGCUAAAAUGGCUGCACAAUGGGAACGUGAAGCCAACCAAAUAACUAGUUCUGUGGUUGAAUUAAACAAUAUAUUUAAAGAUCUUGCCCAUAUGGUUGUUCAACAAGUUAGUUCAAACUUUAUACUUUUAUUUGUUUUGUUUAUACUAUCAAAAAUGAGAUUAUAACAUACAUGUAAUUUUUAGGGUAGUGUUUUGGAUCGAAUAGAUUACAAUAUUGAACAGACUGAAAUUAGGGUUAAGCAAGGUGCAGCUGAGUUAAUAAAGGCAGAAAAAUAUCAUCGAAGUAAUCGAAAAAUGAAAUGUAUUUUGAUUCUGGCCCCCAUUUCUAUCGUGUUAUUAAUUCUUUUAGAAAUAACUAAAUUUAGCUAAAUAUUUAUAAAAUUGUAUAUAUUAAUUAAUAACUAUAAUAUAGUGCAAUAUUUUUAUUUAAUAUAAACUUUAUUUUAUAACAAAUUAUAAUAGGUAUUAUUUAAAUACAAAACAAAAAGUUAUUAAAUGUUCUUAAAUCUUAUUGGAGACCAUGGGAACUACUAAUAGGGGUAAAACCCCCUAAUAUAAUGAGCAUGACUGAGCUUUGCUUUAUAAUUACGAAAUAGACAUAAAGAAAACAAAAAUUAGUUUUCAUAAUUGUAUUAUUAUUUAUUGCAGUCCUUUAUUUACUGUUAAUGAUGUGUUGCUUGGAAAUAAUCUAACUAUAUUAUUCACUACCUAAUAUAAAUAAAAUAAUAUUAUUUAUUAUCAUUCUAGUUUUUAUUAAUUGUUAUUUGAAAACCAUACAAAUUUUCUAAUUAUUUGCAAUACUAAGAAAAUCAAUGAUAACAAUUUUCAUUUUUUUUUAUUGUUAAAAAAAUAUUGAAGAAUAUUUUCGAAUACUUAGAUUUUUCAGAACAUUUAAGGAGUAUCCUGUGGCAAUACCAACUUUGGUUUUUCAAAUGAGAACUUAUAUUAAAAAUCCCAUAAAUAGAUGAAGUAUUACUGAAAAUAAAUGUUGGCAUUAAAAUGUUUGAUUUCCGUCGACCCAUUAACCAGAUAUUCUACUUUUAAGUUUAGGUAGGGGGAGAGUUGUAGUGGAGUAUCAUUUGUGUGAUGUGCAACGUUUUAUUAGUGCUCCACUACUUUUCUCCUACCGAAACUUAACAGCGAAUUAAUAUCUCGUCAAUGGGUUGACAGAAAUCUAAAAUUUUAACGCCAAAAUUUAUUUAUGGAAUUUUUAAUACGGUUCUCAUUUGAAAAACAAAAGUCGGUAUCACCACAGGAUACUCCUUAAAGUGUUGUGAGAAAACUAAGUAUUCAAAAAUAUAGGCUUUAACUAUAAUUAAAAAUACCAAAAAUCAGAAUUUAAAUUUAUGCAC